AUGGCAACUGACAAGGAACAGUUUCGGUUUCCACCACAGACUCAACCACAACAACCGGGCAGAGAAUAUCUCAUGCAUCCACUUCCACAGGCCAUAAAUCCUGACUACCAGCCUUCCAAAAAGCUCCAAGGAAAGGUAGCUCUGGUGACAGGAGGUGAUUCUGGGAUAGGAAGAUCUGUAUGCUACCAUUUUGCAUUAGAGGGUGCAACUGUGGCCUUUACAUAUGUACAAGGGAUAGAGGACAGGGACAAAGAUGAUACCUUGCAGAUGCUACUCAAGGCAAAGUCAAAUGAUGCGAAAGAUCCUAUUGCCAUAGCUACUGAUGUUAAAUUUGAAGAGAAUUGCAACAAGGUUGUUGAUCAAAUUGUGAGCGAAUGUGGACAGAUUGAUAUUCUGGGAGCCAUUGUAAGUUUCACCAGGGGUUUAAGCCAGCUACUUAUAAGCAAAGGCAUUCGUGUUAAUGCUGUCUCUCCAGGUCCAGUCUGGACGCCAAUACAACCAGCAUCACAGCCUGCUGAAAAAGUUGCGAGCUUGGGGUCUGAUGUGCCAAUGGAUAGGGCAGCACAACCUUCUGAGAUCGCGCCUUCUUAG